GCUGGAGAGCGGCGUCCCUCACUAUCCCCAGUUCUCCAGGCAAACUCCCGAGGCCCGGGAAGCGGGGCCGGGACCCGCGGACCCGCCAGAGCGCGACGCGGCGAGACGCCGCCUCCCGCCCUGCUGACACCUUGGCCCCCAAAGGCGCGCCGCGGGCUUCACCUAUCCCCCGGCCCCUGACCCUUCUCGCGGCACGGCCCGCUCGCUCCCCGCAGUCUUCUGCGCCCCGCUUCCGCGGGGCCCGGCCCGCACGCCCUGCUCCGAGGUCGGCUGUCUCUCGCUCCGCGGACGUCCCGCGGACUCCGUGGCCCGACCCCCGCUGCCCGUUGGGCCCGAGGCCCCUCCCCGCCUGGUCGCCGUGUGGAGGUAUUCGGGCGGCCGCCGCGGCUCCUGCUUGGUGUGUGCCUUGCCUAGUUUCACUUGAUACUCUUCAGGAAUUAUGUAGAAAAGAAAAACUCACAUGUAAAUCGAUUGGAAUCACCAAAAGGAAUCUAAACAAUUAUGAGGUGGAAUACUUGUGUGACUACAAGGUAGUAAAGGAUAUGGAAUAUUAUCUUGUAAAAUGGAAAGGAUGGCCAGAUUCUACAAAUACUUGGGAACCUUUGCAAAAUCUCAAGUGCCCAUUACUCCUCCAGCAGUUUUCUAAUGACAAGCAUAAUUAUUUAUCUCAGGUAAAGAAAGGCAAAGCAAUAAAAGACAAUAACAAAGCUUUGAAACCUGCCAUUGCCGAGUACAUUGUAAAGAAGGCUAAACAGAGGCUAGCUCUGCAGAGAUGGCAAGACGAACUCAACAGAAGAAAGAAUCAUAAAGGAAUGAUAUUUGUUGAAAAUACUGUUGACUUAGAGGGCCCACCUUCAGACUUCUACUACAUUAAUGAAUACAAACCAGCUCCUGGAAUCAGCUUAGUCAAUGAAGCUACCUUUGGUUGUUCGUGUACAGAUUGCUUCUUUGAGAAAUGUUGUCCUGCUGAAGCUGGAGUUCUUUUGGCUUAUAAUAAAAACCAACAAAUUAAAAUCCCACCUGGUACCCCCAUUUAUGAAUGCAACUCGAGGUGUCAGUGUGGACCCGAUUGUCCCAAUAGGAUUGUACAAAAAGGCACCCAGUAUUCACUUUGCAUCUUUCGAACUAGCAAUGGCUGUGGCUGGGGUGUAAAAACCCUUGUGAAGAUUAAAAGAAUGAGUUUUGUCAUGGAAUAUGUUGGGGAGGUAAUCACCAGUGAAGAAGCUGAAAGACGGGGGCAGUUAUAUGACAACAAAGGAAUCACAUAUCUCUUUGAUCUGGAUUAUGAAUCUGAUGAAUUCACAGUGGAUGCAGCCCGAUAUGGAAAUGUCUCUCAUUUUGUGAAUCACAGUUGCGACCCAAAUCUUCAGGUGUUUAAUGUUUUCAUUGAUAAUCUCGACACCCGUCUUCCCCGAAUAGCAUUGUUUUCCACAAGAACCAUAAAUGCUGGAGAAGAGCUCACUUUUGAUUAUCAAAUGAAAGGUUCUGGAGAUGUAUCUUCAGAUUCUGUUGACCACAGCCCAGCCAAAAAGAGGGUCAGAACUGUGUGCAAGUGUGGAGCUGUGACUUGCAGAGGUUACCUCAACUGAAUUUUCAGGAAACAGCUGAUGAUUGUAGUUUGUUUUUUUCUAAUGUUAACCUUUAAAAAAAGUAUUUGGGACUCUUUUCAUAUUAUCAGGAUUAUAUACUAUGUUAAUUUACAAUUCAUGUUUCAAACUAUUGGCCAAAUGCAUUACUGAUGCUUCUGAAGAGAACACAGGGUCACAGAGACUAAUUUAAAAUACACGUAUUUAGUGAUUAGACACCAAACAUGAAAGGAAAACUGACAGAUCAGCAUAUACAUACAUAAGAAGUCUGUGUGAAUAGAGAAAUGCCUCCUUCAGUGUUUAAGCGUUAAACUGAUAACGUAACCAUCACUAAGAUCAAAUAUUCAACCUGCCAUAUACCUUGAAUUUAGAGAAAGAGUUAAUUUGGGCAAAUACAUACAAGUGCUAUUUUUGUUAUGUUGUCAUUCCCGUUAAUUACUCACUGUACUUGUAUUUAAGAAAAAUAGGUGAUAUGGAAUUAUACUCUAUUUUCUACUUUCAUUAAAAUACUGGGAUCUUAAUGAUACAGAAAUUUAAGGUCUAAAAUUCAAUGUAAACAGGUUUAAUUACAGCUUGAUUUCAUAUUUUGAAGCAAACCAGACUGUUAUGAGGCAUGUAUGUCUGAAUCAGUAAUUCUUAAAAGAUUUUUAACCUUGUAAAAGAAUAAUUUCCAAAAAGCUCUAAAAUUCUGGAACGGAUGGCCAUUAUGCUGCUUUGAAAGGGUGGGGCACUGGGACCGGGAGGGUUUCUUGGAAGUGGGGAAAUGGAGCACUUUCAGGGCCCCUCUUAACACAAAUUAAGAGGUCCAUGUUGCAUACCUGGUCUAAACAGAAACAGUAAAACAAGAUACUCCUGAGUGCAUCUGCACCUAACAGUGUUUCAUACAAUACACGAAUAUUACAUCUUCUGAAUUUCAGGCGGUUUUAACAUUUCCACCAAAUUUAAUUAUUUUUAUAUUCCCCGCAAGCUCUUCUUGAAAUAAUCUAUAUUUUGAACUGAUACUUAUUUUUUAUACAUGAAUUUUUUAAAUGUGAUAAAGCUAAACUUGGCUUGGCCAGUGUGUAUCUGAAUUAUGAGAACAUUUUUACUUGAACCAUGAACACUGAAAUGGAAUACAGUUUGGUUUUUGUUUCUGUUUUUCUGCAUAGUAAAACCUCAGUUGGGAACAACUGUGUUUUCAUCUCUGUGAUUUUGGGAUUUGUAAUCAUGGUGUCCAACAUGAAGGUAAAUGCAGCAAGUAAAUCUAGCUUUCAGUAUUCCUAAUUAAAUUUUACCUAAGCUGAUUGCCCCAUUGCUUUACUGACCUAAAAUAAGUUUGAGUAAAAUUGCACUGAUGGCAAGAAUCCAGCACUUCAAAUACCUUCUUAAUCCUUAACCUCUUUUUUGGGAGAAGCUACACUUAUUAUACAUUAUAUUGCUACCACAUGAUUUGCUCUUUCAUAAUAUGGGAUAAAUUCUUUACAUGUUUGGAGUCUCACAGCGUAUUAACCAAAAUCUGCAGAAGGUGUCAUGGAAAAAUACAUUUCUUAGUGCCAUUUCUUAUGUUUUCUUUAUGAGGAAAUAGUCACAUGGUGUCAGUGGUGAGAAAGCAUCACAGAUUUACAGGUGCUCCCAAUGGCCAAGCUUACUUUGAAUUCUGAUUCUCACAGGUUUAAAAAAUGUAACUAAUAUUCUUCUUAAAAAGUUAAUGUUUUACUGUCCAGUUUUUUGAUCUUGUCUUUUUGUGGUAAAAAAAUGUAAAACAGGACAGCAAAGGGAAGAAUGGCUAUUUUCACAAAACUUGUUUUGUACUGUCCUUAGUAAUAGACAUUUAAUGGGUCUUUGAGAUUUUAGUUCCCUGUGUUACCCUUGUCUGAUUACAAAGCUGAACUUAAUCAGUAAAAUAGAAACUCUCUACAUGAGGCUGUUAGGAGCUUUUAACCAUUUUAAGUCAACAUUUAACUUCUUUGGUUUCUCAAGCUGUCAGAAUUUGUUCUCUCAAUAUGAAGCCUAUGUUCAACGGCCAUGUUUACAUGAAGUUUAAACCGUAAGUUAAUCUACUCUGCAAGUUGUAUUAAUACCAUUGUUUUCAAGAUCUACUUGAGGAUCGUGAUACAGUUGUAAUCUCAGGGUUUUUUUCCCCCAUAUGUGCAAAAUCUAGACUGCACUUUUUUUUUUUUUUUUACAGUUCAAUUUUCUUUAGCAAAAUAAAUUUAGUUUGGCAUUUGAUUUUCUAUUUAUGGUGGUUUAGCUUUGUUAUUGAAUAUUUUAUUUUCCUUACCAGUAAGCUAUAAAAGGGGCAAAAAGAUAACCAAUGUAUUCCUGACUACUUGCUUUUGAGAUUAACCAAAGGUUGUUAUACCAUCACUUUAAAUGUUACUUGCCUUUUAAGAAAGUUUAUCAUUGUCAUGGUUGGUCCAUUUGAAUAUUAAAGAAUUUUACAUAGCA